AUGGAAGUGAUGGAAAUCGCUGGAAAAGAUCCACUAAGAGCUCCAAUAUCUCUUGCUCUAGAAAUGAGGUCUUUUGGAGCAUUUUGGAGCAUAUGGGACGUGAGGAGCAAGGAAGGACUUGGUGCAUGGACGCAGCUCAACUGGAUACGCAAAGGAGAAGGAGGAAGCCACCUUGAAGACCAGCUAACACCUACUCGACCGGCCAAGUUCAACUCGAUCGAGCUUAGAAGUCAAAGUCAAACCCGAAAAAUGUUGCUUCCCCCUUGA